GGGCUGGGCCUUCUCGGCUGACGGCCUGCGCGCACUGCGCUUGCGCGGGUUGAGGGCGGUGGCUCAGGCUCCUGGAAGGGACCAUCCGCCCCUCGGCACUGGCAGUGUGAACGCGCAACUCAGCGGAGAAACGCGGCUGAGAGCGGAGUGUGGGUUACACUGUUACUGGAAAAAUAAAAAUUGAGAAGGAAAAGACCGGAAGAUGCACACCUUCGUUCCUGUUAGUGGAAACACCAAAGUCCCAGAAAUGGAGAAGAAAAUGAAAUAAAGCAGGAGUUAUGAGGCAGAGCCCAAGAGAACUAUGGCAACAUCAGGUGACUGUCCCAGAAGUGAAUCACAGGAAGAAGAGCCUGCUGAGUACACUGAAGUGGGGCUUCUCCAGGAGGGAGUACAGCCGGAGGAGUUUGUGGCCAUCGCAGACUACGCUGCCACCGAUGAGACGCAGCUCAGUUUUUUGAGAGGAGAAAAAAUUCUUAUCCUGAGACAGACCACUGCAGAUUGGUGGUGGGGCGAGCGUGCGGGCUGCUGUGGGUACAUUCCAGCAAACCAUGUGGGGAAGCAAAUGGAUGAAUAUGACCCCGAGGACACGUGGCAGGAUGAAGAGUACUUUGGCAGCUACGGAACACUGAAACUGCACUUGGAAAUGUUGGCAGACCAGCCGCGCACAACUAAGUACCACAGUGUCAUCCUGCAGAACAAGGAGUCCCUGACGGACAAGGUCAUCCUGGACGUCGGCUGUGGCACUGGGAUCAUCAGUCUUUUCUGCGCACAUUAUGCACGGCCUAAAGUGGUGUACGCGGUGGAGGCCAGCGAGAUGGCACAGCACACGGGGCAGCUGGUCCUGCAGAAUGGCUUCGCCGACAUCAUCACUGUGUUCCAGCAGAAGGUGGAGGAUGUGGUGCUCCCUGAGAAGGUGGAUGUGCUGGUGUCCGAGUGGAUGGGGACCUGCCUGCUGUUUGAGUUCAUGAUCGAGUCCAUCCUGUAUGCCCGGGAUGCCUGGCUGAAGGAGGAUGGGGUCAUUUGGCCCACCAUGGCCGAGUUGCACCUUGUGCCCUGCAGUGCUGAUAAGGACUAUCGUAGCAAAGUGCUCUUCUGGGACAACGCAUACGAGUUCAACCUCAGCGCUCUGAAAUCUUUGGCAGUCAAGGAGUUUUUUUCCAAGCCCAAGUAUAACCACAUUCUGAGACCAGAAGACUGCCUCUCCGAGCCGUGCACUCUAUUGCAGCUGGACAUGAGAACCGUGCAAGUUCCUGAUCUAGAGACCCUGAGGGGCGAGCUGCGCUUCGACAUCAGGAAGGCGGGGACCCUGCACGGCUUCACGGCCUGGUUUAGCGUCCACUUCCAGAGCCUGCAGGAGGGGCAGCCGCCGCAGGUGCUCAGCACCGGGCCCUUCCACCCCACCACACACUGGAAGCAGACGCUGUUUAUGAUGGACGACCCAGUUCCUGUCCACACAGGAGACGGUCACGGGUACAGUUGUAUUGCAGAGAAACCCGGUGUGGAGAAGGCACAUGUCGGUGGCUCUGAGCUGGGCUAUCACUUCCAGGGAAGACCCCACAUCUCAAAAAGUUGGAGAAAAAGUCUUCCCAAUCUGGAGAUGACAGUUGAUGCUUUAUUUGGAAAGCAGUGUGCAUGUUUAAGAGGCAACGGACACAAGCCAACCGAGAUGCACCUGGCUGCUGCACACUCCGCAUUGACCCUCCCCAGCUGGCAGGUGACGUCAGGGUCCUUCACAGACAAACACACUUGGGCUCGGCAGGAGCUGCCGUGGCCACGUCCGCUGCCCAGUGUCUGCCCUCUAGAAGUAGGCUGUGUUUCCAGGUGUUCGCCCGUGGUGCCCACAGUGCCAACCUGUGGCUAGGUUGUAGCUCCACAUUCCCAAGCUAGGUCUAGGUCCACACUCCUAGGACGCACGCAUAUCAGCCCAUGUACCCCGUGACAGUGACUGUCCAGGCCUCCUGUGUUAGUGGUGCCCUUACUGCCAUCGCUCAUCCACUCGGGUGGGAUGUAGGAUUGCACAGGCCUGUGCCAGUGGCGUGUAGGGACACUGCCCGGGCUCAGCGCAGGAGCUGAGGUGGCGAUGCAUGCGAUGGGACUCUGCAUGGAUAGUACAGUUGUGUAGAUGUCUUCCAAAUAAAUUUCGUGUCGGUGCAUCACACAUGCUCAAUAAAUAUUUUUAAAUGAAUGAA